AUGCACAUCUGUUAUACUGCACAAAUCCAUAAUAGAACAAUGGACAGUGAUAUCAACAACUUGUAUUGGGCAUUUCCGCAAUACACUCAAAAUUUGCCAAAAUUCGAUGAGCUACCUCAAGGUUGUGUUUGGGUGCCUUGCAUCCCCGACUUUACUACCAAUACCUAUAUCCCCAUAUAUAAUCUUCAUGCCCAAAUCCACCUUCCCUCGAAUACAAAAACCCAAGCUUGUAAGAGCGAAAAAAUAAAGAUCAGCCGAGGUGGUAUAAAAACUCUGCCUUGGAAAGAAAGCGAGGACAAACUUCUUCAAGACCUUGUUGAGCUUCAUGGCUUGAAGAAAUGGUCAUUAAUCUCACAAGAGAUUAAUAAAGCCUUAUAUGACGGAAACGAGAUGCGAAAAGGUAAACAUUGUAGGGAAAGGUGGCACAAUCAUUUGGAUCCAGGACUUAACAGUAAGAUUUAUACGUAGAAGGAGAAUGGUCAUAUGAGGAAGAUAUUUAUUUGUUACAGCUAAAAGAACAAUAUGGAAAUAGGUGGAGCUUAAUUUCUAAAGGGCUUCAAGGGAGGAACGAAAAUAGCGUGAAAAAUCGGUGGAAUUGCCUGAUUAAGAGGGCAAGGCAAGAUCCUGAAAUGCAAUAUUAUUCUUCUGAUACAAUAACGGCGAUUCUUAUAAAAGAAUUACAAGAGCAAAGAAGCCAAACGAAUAACUAA